UAAAUCUCCAAUGACGUUUCAGCAAGGAGGCGGUGCAUGUGGUGGCCCUCGUCCGGGGUCGAGCACUACUCUGUGAUUUUCUUUCUUUUCACUAAAAAGAUUAUACGCAUAUGAUUUUCCAUAGGUUCGGUAGCUAGUUGGAGGAAUGAGAGCGGCUUUAUGUUUGGCUCUAAAAAUGGGACUGUUUUUGCAUGCUAUAGGGGCUGUCACCCCCACCGAGUCAACAGCAGACGGGAGCCUGUUGCACUGCGAGGGCGUGAGGAACCAGAGCUACGUCUGCGAGUCCGGCCACUGCUGUGGAGAGUCGCAGUGCUGCAGCUACUACUAUGAACUGUGGUGGUUCUGGCUGGUGUGGGCCCUCAUCUUCAUCCUAAGCUGCUGCUGCGUGUGUCACCACCGCCGCACCAAACACCGUCUGCAGCAGCAGCAGAGGCAGCACGAGAUCAACCUCAUCGCCUACAGGGAGGCCCACAACUACACCUCAGUGCCCUUCUACUUCAGGUUUCUACCCAAUUACCUCCUGCCAGACUACGAUGAAGUGGUGAACCGGCCACCCACCCCUCCCCCACCCUACAGUGCCUUACACACCAGCCCCUCCCUGGCCCCCAGCCCCCUGACCUCCAACCAGCAGGACGUCUGCUGCCCCCCCAGCCAGAGCGCUGCUGUACCCCCUGCCUCCGACCCCCGCUGGCCCAGCCUGGACGAGCCCCAGCCCCCCAUCACCAUAGGCAGCUACAGGCACAAGCCUGACGACAAGCCCCUGGCUCAGGCCCCACAGGAGGGGGACUCCCUGUCCGGAGGUCCCCCGGAGCGACUCCCGUCCGACGGGACGGCGGGCCCGGAGAAUGGGGAAGACUGCUGCAAGGAGCCCCUGCUCGGGGACACAAGGGGGACGGGGGGAGGGACGGAGGACAAGGAGAGGGUGUCCGGCGGGGGGAGGAGGCGGAGGUUCACGGGGGACUCGGGGAUCGAGGUGUGCGUGUGUGGCCGGAACGGGGGAGGCGGUUUUUGGGGCGGAGGAGGAGGAGGAGGGAGCCAGGAGGACAGGGAGUUGAGGGAGCUGGAGAGCCUGCUGAGCCGCGAGGAGGAGGAGGAGGGAGAGGAGGAGGAGGAGGAAGAAACGAGGGACUUCUGCGACGGCUGUGGUCAUCCUGCCCCGACGGGGGACGAGGAGCAAGCGCCAGGGGGGCCGGAGGCGGGGCCGGAGGGGAGGCCGGAGCGCGGGCCCUCCACAGCGCCACCACCACCCGUGGCCCCGCCCCCGGUGUGCCUGCUCCUUCACACCAUCAACGAGCAGGAGGGGCAUCACCAUGGCAACAGCACUGAGCCCCAGGGCUGAGCUGACCAAGCCAAGCUACGCCUUCACCGAGGAGGGGAGAGGAAAGAGAUAAGAGAGACCAACAGAAGACAAUACAAGACGUGUUUGUGUGUGUGCGUGUGGGGGGGGGGGGGGGGGGCGAUCGGAAAUGCCUUUCAAGAGACUACUGCGGGUGUGUUUUUUUUUCUGUGAGAAUGUAAUGUGUCUGUCUGAUGUCAUGCGCGCGUGUGUGACUAUUGUGAGCUCCCCGGGCCAUACUGUCAUGGCAGCCUUACUGCAUAAGAGAUGGAAAAUCCCCCUUCAACAACCUGUCACACAGGUCGAGCCACGCAAAUGUCUUCCCCCUUUCCUUCUCCUCCCCAGUCCUCGACCAGAGGAAUCAGGUGACACAGUGUUGAUACUCACACAGGGUGCCACACUGUCGGGGUCAACGAAAACGGUCGACGACUGACCACGCUGGGAGACCACAGCCAUUCUGACACGUAACCGACCAAUCACGGCUCCUUCCUGUGCGGCGGUAGGAAGUGAGGGAGAAUGGUACUGGACCACCAAACGGGGACAGGGAGAUUGUGUGGAGAGGUGUGCUUUUUCUAGUUUGAAACAGGGCAGGGACACCAAGCACAGGACCUGUGUGGGAAGUUGUGGUAGAAGAGUUUUUGUCGCUUCUUAAAGUGCUUUCUAGGAGGUAACACCACAUGUCACAUAGCCAUGUCUUCCCCCCUGUUUGUGAUUGGGAGGGCUGGAAGUGUGAAGCAAUUUAUAUUUUGCACAUAAAUAAUUAAAAGAGCUAUAAAAUAGAGUGUAAUCACACUAAGAUCAUGUUUUGACAAAU